CUUCCAUCAACCUUGAGAGCGCGCUAGUUAUUCUCUGUGUUAGCGCGAUAGGCGACAGAACAGGAAGCAGAUGUUAUCCUCAUGCUAUCAGAAUCUGUGAACGUAGUGGUGAAACUCGAAAAGGACCUUAUCCUGGGCACUCUCACAGACAACCUUAUAAAGCAAUUUUGUGCCCAAUACAGGAUCGCUUCCGGAGUGCAUAAACUCUUCUCCAACCCGUUGAGGCAGAGAUACCAAUCCUCCUUUGAGCAUGGCGGCAGAGCAGAGGAAGCUGCUCGAGCAGCUUAUGGGCGCGGAGCAAAUGAUGGGCUUCGGUGGCUCGCGCAAUUCCCAACUCGUAAUAACCGACCCUAAAGUUUGCCGCUCCUAUCUUGUCGGCACAUGUCCUCACGACCUCUUCACCAAUACCAAACAGGACCUAGGCCCGUGCCCAAAGGUUCACAGCGAAGGGCUAAAAGCGGAGUAUGAGGCUGCGUCGGCGCAUGAGAAGUCGAAAUGGGGCUUCGAAUACGAUUACCUACGCGAUAUGCAGAAAUACAUCGAUGAUUGUAAUCGUAGGAUUGAUUCAGCGCAGCGACGAUUAGAGAAGACACCGGAUGAAAUUCGUCAGACAAAUAACCUUCUAAAACAAAUAUCCGAUCUCUCAAAGACCAUAAGCAACGGCCUCCUAGAAGUCUCCGUCCUCAGCGAAAUGGGUUCUGUCUCCACGGCUUACAACGAGUUCCACAAAGUCCGCACCGCAAAACACCAAAAGGAGGCCUGCGAACGCGAACUCAAAGCGCUCGCCGACACAUCCGGACCCUCAGGUCACCAGAAAUUACAAGUCUGCGAUGUAUGCGGGGCAUAUCUUAGUCGUCUAGAUAACGAUCGUCGCUUGGCGGAUCACUUCUUUGGCAAAAUGCACCUGGGAUACGCGAAGAUGCGCGAGACUUUUAGUGUCUUGCAGAAGGAGUUGAAGGGACCACCACCCUCUAGGCAUGACGAUGGUCCCUCCGGCCGUGGCGAUUAUGAUAGUGAGGGCGGUUGGGGUUCUAGAGCUGGUGGGGGUCGAGGACCGUAUCGGACUGGUGGUGGCGGAGGUGGUUAUAGAGGGUACAAGGGUAGAGGAGGGGGGGGAGGUUAUGGGGGACGGUGGUAAAGAAUACCCACUAUUGUAUGUGUAUGCCUUUUAUUUCGCGCGCGGGAGAAUUGCAUAGCGGUGGCGUUCGGGGAGUUUUACUCUUGGAAUUAGGCAAAGGGUUUAUUAUGUUUUUGUAUGUUGUGGCCCUGAGGGAGAGCAACUAUGAUAGCCUAAAAUAUAAUGAACGGGGAAAUUUUACUCGGAUCUAACUCGGACCUACAUGUAUGUCAUAGUUUAUUUUGUGUUUCCUAAUGGUGUGACCAUGUCAAGAAGGUAUAUAUAUAUAGUUGAUCACAAACUUUAGUUGAGGCGCAGUAUUAACAAAACCACACCGACCACUAGCCAAAUCAUUCUCAAAGAUGCGUGACCUUUUUAGUUUCUUGAGAAACUUAUGUCACAACGUAGUUUAUGGAGUAAGGAACUAGAGAGUUUGUGCCAUUGAAAUGAGCAGAACGGAGGCACCCAUAGAAAAAACGGUUGAAUAUGGCUUUUAAUGUACAGUAUGCGCCAGCAGGGAAGCGGCGAAAAC